AUGAGCGAGUACCGCACUCUCCCCGGUGCUGUGCGCUCGCCCAGGAAGCAGCGCGACAAUUUGCUCCCUUACGCGCGCCCGCCCACGACCCCGAAUGCGAAUGGCCCCACCCUCCGUCGCUCGACAUCGAUGCUGGGAGGUCUCAAGUCCCUCUUCUCCCGCCCGCUGAACUGGAUCUCAACGCCUAACAAGCAGGCAGAGCAGGAUGUCGAGGCUGAUGCGGCCCGUGAGCGUCCAGCCCUCGCCGCUGGGUUGUCACCGCCCCAAGGUUCCAAGAACAAGCGUGGGGCCUCACCCGAGUCUCCCUCCGACGGCCGCAACACCAAGCGCUCACGCAAGGCCAGCCCGGAGAAGCCGGUUAGGAGACGGCAAUCCCUAGGCAACCUGUAUGCCUCGUCGACGUCGACCUGGACGCCUGCUCGGGGACCGUAUGAGCCUGCUUCCUCUAAAGCUCUUCCGUCCCUUACCCCGGGAUCGCUCCGCAAAGCUAAUCGCAUGAGCUUAGCUGCUCCUCCGUCCGCAUACCUCGACCCGCCUCGCUCGAUGCUCGCACCCUCUUCACCCAGUGUGCGUGGUACGCCUCGUCGCUCCGACUUUGCCCCGUGGGAUGCGGACCGGGAACGCGAGCACUCGGCCCUCGCCCGUUCCGACCUGGCCCACUUCGGCGAGUCCGCCGGCCCUGGAACCGCGCGCGCUGCCAGCCUUCGGUCACACACUCCUCGUCGGUCCGACGCGAUGAUGUUUUCAAACUCGCCGUUCCGUGCGGGCUCGGGCUUCUCGCGCUCGACGACGGCUGUGAACCUGUCCAGCAUUGCCGGUGACGACCGCAUGGAGCGUGAGGGGACCGCCCAGUCGGAUGUGUCGAUGCGCACUGGUUCCUUGCGCGGUUCGUCGCGCCUCCGUCAGCGUGCUAGUAUGCACUUUGACGAGUUCGGCAGCAUCCCUGAGUCGUCCGAGGCGGCGCACGGCGGCACUCUCGACUGGAUGACCUCUCCGCGGGCCUCGACGUACUCGCGGUUAUCGCACGCUCGCUCGCACGGCUCCCUCGGCCAGUCCCAGCGCCAGCAGCCCACUCCCAUCCGCCGAGGGCAGAUGGUGUUCGACGCUGAGCGUGGAUUCAUCCGCGAGUCUGAUCUGGAAGCUGAGAAGCCAAAGCCUGUUGCUCAGAACGAGGCUGAGCGGAUCUUGUUCCACCUCGAGGCGCUCCGAAAGCCGACCAAGAUCGAGAAGAAGACGCCCGCCCCUUCGACUGGUCUGCCCCCGAGCCUCAUUGGCAGUUCCAGCCGCCAGCUCCGCAAGGCCAUCUCCGUUCCGCUCGCGACUCAGGCAGACAAGGAGAAGACGAAGAAGAAGCACGGCUCCGAGUGGCUCGCCGACAAGGCCAUCUCGGCGAUGAUCUCGCCGUACGGCCGUCGCCGCGCCGUUGAUGAACUCGCACGCAGCCAACGCAGGGAGCUCGCCGCGUCGCGUCGCGCUGAGGCUGAGUCUGCCUCGGAUGUUUCGGACAUGGAGGUCGACAACCACAGCAAGGCGAGCUCCCGCAGCCGCCGGAGCACCCGCUCUCGCUCCAAGAGCUCGUACGCCAGUGACGACAUGAGUGUCGACGAGCCGCGCCAGAAGCUUCGCCGCUCAGCCCGCCACGCCAAGUCGCCCGACCAGGAGGAGACGACGCCGAAGGCGACCCGCCGCUCGACCCGUCUCCGCGCUUCGCAGGCCAAGUCUCCCGAACCUACACCUCGUCGAUCGACCCGCAAAAAGGCAGCUGCGUCGCCCGAGCCUGAGCCGGAGCAGGUCAAGACGCCAACGAAGGCCAAGGCCGAUGUGCCUACCGUCGUCACUAUCGCCCCGUCGCCCAGCAGCAACUCUUCCUCCACCUACCAGGUCCGCGAUGACUCUGAACCCCGUCCGCGUAGCUCGCUGCGUGCCGGUCCCGAGCGCAAGACGCGCGCCCACCAGGGUGCGGCCAGCUACUCUUCGUCUCGCGCGACUAGCCCCGGUACGGGCAGCGGCCGCUUCUCGGCCCGCGACGAAGACCUUCCCCAGAUGGACGAGCUUGAGAACGCCAAGAUUCCGCUUGCGUCGUUCAAGAACUUCUCGAUCCCGAUGUUCGGCAAUGAUGCUAAGAAGGACGAGCCUAAGGAGAGCACGACGCCGGCAGCGCCGUCGGAGCCGCAGCUCAGCUCGCGCCUCAGCGUUCCCUCCUCGUCGCAGUCGACCCAGCAGCGCAAUGCCCAGCUGAGCUCGCUUGGCAACCGCCUCAACGGUCUGCAGUCUCGUCCUCGUGCUUCUUCGCCCCUUGCGAACAAUUCUAUCGUCGCCGAGGUGUCCAGCCCCGAGACAACUCCCAAGAAGGACUCGGCUCCCGCCCCGAUCACCUCGGCGCCCAAGUCGCCGCCUCCCUCGACCGGCUUCUUCUCCCUCUCUGGUGCUGCUUCGGGCACGAGCAGCUCGUCGCUCACUCCUACUGGCUCGACGACGCCAGCGGGCAAGCCUCCUGCCAGCAACUUCUUCUCGAAGCCCGCUACGAGCACUACGACUCCUGCUCCGGAGUCUACGGCGCCCAAGGCGGCCGAUGGCGGCGUGCCCAACUUCUUUGGCGGUUCCAAGCCCACCUCCGGUGCUUCGACCCCUCCGCCCAAGCUCGACUUUGGCAUCAAGCCUGCCGAGACUGGACCGCCGGUGGUUAGCAACCUCUUCAGCGGAUCCAAUGGCGAUGCCUUGAAGCCCACGGAAGGCUCCAAGGCGCCCUUCAGCUUUGGUUCCACUACCUCUGUUGCGGAAAAUUCUGCCGAGACGCCCAAGCCCGCGUUCAACUUCGGUGCGCCCGCUGCCGACAAGCCUGCUGAAGCGCCCAAGGUUUCUGGUGGCUUCUCGUUUGGUAGCUGUUCCGCUGCACCUGCAGCCGACAAGCCAACUGAAGCCCCGAAGCCUGCGUUCAGCUUUGGCACGCCCUCUGCCUCGCCCGCGCCUGCCGCUGACAAGCCUGCCGAGACCAAGGCGCCCUUCAGCUUUGGUUCUGGCAGCUCGACACCUGCCGCCUCUACCCCGGCCGCUGGCGACAAGCCAGCGUUCAGCUUUGGCGCCCCCGCUACCUCGACUGACAAGCCUGCUGCCGAGAAGCCUGCGUUCUCGUUCGGUUCGGCGUCGUCCACCCCGGCUCCGUCUACGGACAAGCCUGCUUUCAGCUUCGGUGCCUCGUCGUCUCCUGCCCCUUCGGGAGGCAGCAGUUUCGGCUCUGCUGCUCCUGCGACUGACAAGCCGGCGUUCUCGUUUGGCUCGUCGACCACGACCACCGAUACUGCUAAGCCUGAGGAGAAGAAGGACAAGCCUGCCUUCAGCUUUGGCUCGAGCUCGGCGGCCCCAGCCUCGUCUGGCUUUGGCUCCUCCAACGGCUCGACCGCCCCUGCUGCUGACAAGCCCGCGUUUAGCUUCGGUUCGUCUUCUGCCAGCCCUGCGCCCGCGGCAGCUGCGCCCUCGUCUGGUGGCUUCUCCUUUGGCUCCAGCAGCGCUGCCAAGCCCGCCGAGGCCGCUAAGCCAUUCAGCUUUGGCUCGUCCAACGCUCCCCCCACGAGCACGCCGAGCGUGAACGGUGGUGACAAGCCGUUCAGCUUCGGUGCGCCGUCGACCCCUGCUGCUCCUGCCUCAGGCUCUGCCCCUGCAUCUGGAGGAUUCUCUUUCGGCUCGUCGAACUCGACGCCGAGCAACACCUUUGGCGCCGGCUCCACCUCGAACACCUUUGGCAGCACCAACAAUGCGGCCGCGCCCUCCACGCCGUCGUUCACUUUUGGUGCGUCGUCCAGCACACCUGCCAACGCGAAUGCGGGCUCCAGCGGGUUCGGCACUGCCGGCGCGUCCUCUUCAACUCCCGGCGGUUCUGGCUCGUUCACCUUUGGCGCCGGCUCUGGGUUCGGCAGCACGAACAAUGCCUCCUCGUCCGCCGCCGGCGGAAGCGGAUUCGGCUCCGGCCCCGGCUUCGGCGGUUCGAGCAACAACAGUCCCUCCACGGGCGCGACCAGCGGGUUCGGUUCUGGUGGUGGUUUCGGCUCUGGAACCGGGUUCGGCUCCUCGACCACCACUCCCGCCGCGCCCGCCGCGUCGUCCACGCCGAGCUUCACCUUUGGCGCAGCGCAGCCCUCGCAGCCCUCCACGCCGACGGGCGGCUUCGCCUUUGGCUCGGCCAACAGCUCUGGCAAUGCUGGAAGCGGCACAUUCCAGUUUGGCGCGGGCAGCUCCACCGCCGCGCCCAGAUUCGGUUCGCCUGCUCCCGACGCUGGCGCCGCCGGAGGCUUCAGCAUGGGUGUCAAUGCCGCGGAGCAGGCGCCCGGCUCUCCCGGCGCGAGGAAGAUCAAGCCGCUCAGGAGGGGCGCGAAGCGCGCGUAA